GAAAAACAAAGGGUAAUAUAUAAUAAACUAUCGAAGCAAGCUUCUAUCUGUAUUUGUAAAUUUGUAUUUGUAAUUCUCUAAAACCCAACCGCUUUCUCUCACUCUAAACCCUAACACAGCAAUGACUCCUCGCACCGAUCAAGAAAAAGCAGAGUUCACAGACGAUGACGAUGACGACGACGACGACGUUUUGGACGAUGACAUCGAAGCCCUAAGGCGAGCCUGCAUGAUCACCGGAGAAAACCCUAACGACCUCAUCAACAACAACAACAAUAACAAUCCCUCUCCGUCUCUGUUUUCCGCCGCCGCCGGCGACGACGACUCCGAUGAUGACCUCGAAUUGGUCCGAAACAUUCAGAACCGAUUCUCCAACUCCAACUCCGACACUCUCUCCUUAAAGCCUCUCCGUUCUCUCCCGCCGAUAGCUUCCGACGACGACGAGGACGAUUUCGAAACUCUCCGCGCUAUUCAGCAGCGAUUUGCGGCCUACGAUUCCGAUACUUUGAAACAAGGAAUUGGGUUUGGGGGUUCACUAAGUAAACCUCAGCAGCAGGUUGAUGCCUCUAGUCUAUCCUUGGAGAAGGAAACUAGCAAUAAUUUGAUUGUUCAUAGAACUAAUUCUAGUGAAGGAUUUACAGAUUCUGAAGAUUUUUGUAACACGCGUCCACUCAGUGAAAAUUUGGGAAUCCAGCCAUCUAGUUUUGUUGAGAACCAUCAACUGGGUGCUUCUAAGUCACCUAUGUUGCCACUUAAGAAGUCAUCCUUCCCAAAGUCUGCUCUGUUGCUUAUGGAUGCCAUUAAAAAGAAUAGAUCCUCCCAGAAGUUCAUUCGGAGUCAGUUGGUUAACUUAGAAGCAAGAAUUGAGGAAAACAAAAAGCUCAAGGAGCGUGUUAAAAUCCUUAAAGAUUUCCAGGCUUCUUGCAAAAAAAGAACCGGGCGAGCAUUAUCACAGAGAAAGGAUCCUCGUGUCCAGCUUAUUUCGGUGAAAAAAUCCUUGGUUUCUAAGGAUUCAAAGGUUAAUGAUAAGCGGGUUCAUGCCAUGUAUUAUGGUCCAGCAGAGAAUUCUCAUGUUACUAAUUAUAGAAUGGCAUUGACUACCUUCCCACUUUCAUUAGAUCAGAAAAAAUGGUCAAAGGCAGAAAGGGAAAAUCUUGGAAAGGGAAUAAGGCAACAAUUUCAAGAAAUGGUGCUUCAAAUUUCUGUGGAUCAAUUCAGUGAUUUAGAUGGAUCUUGUGGAGAUUCAAAUGAUUUCGACAAGAUUCUCGUAUCAAUCAAAGAUCUUGAAGUUACGCCAGAAAAUCUCAGAGAGUUUCUACCCAAGGUGAAUUGGGAGCAAUUGGCUUCGAUGUAUGUUGUAGGUCGCUCCGGUGCUGAAUGUGAAGUAAGGUGGUUGAACUAUGAAGAUCCCUUGAUCAACCACAAUCCAUGGACGACUAUGGAAGAUAAAAAUCUUUUGUUACUUGUCCAAGAGAAGGGGAUCAUUAACUGGUUUGAUAUUGCAGUAUCGCUGGGGACAAACAGGACCCCAUUUCAGUGCUUGGCACGUUAUCAAAGGAGUUUGAAUGCUUCCAUACUAAAAGGGGCGUGGACUAAGGAUGAGGAUGCUCAACUUUGUGCGGCUGUAGAGGUCUUUGGUGAGAGCGAUUGGCAGUCUGUAGCAUCUACUUUGGAAGGACGGGCUGGUACCCAAUGUUCUAAUAGAUGGAAAAAAUCUCUUCAUCCUGCCAGGGAAAGAGUGGGGAGGUGGAUUGAAGAUGAAGACAAACGCCUGAAAGUUGCUGUGAUGCUUUUUGGGCCAAAAAAUUGGAAUAAGAUAGCUCAAUUUGUGCCUGGUCGAACUCAAGUGCAAUGUAGAGAAAGAUGGGUCAAUAGUUUAGAUCCUUCGCUAAGUUGGAGUGAAUGGACUGAAGAAGAGGAUUCCAAGUUGAAAGCAGCAAUAGCAGAACAUGGAUAUUGCUGGGCUAAAGUUGCUGCAUGUGUGCCUCCACGUACAGAUAAUCAGUGCCGAAGGAGAUGGAAGGUGUUACUUCCACAUGAAGUGCCCAUGCUUAAAGAAGCUAGAAGAAUACAGAAAGCUGCUCUCAUAUCCAACUUUGUAGAUCGGGAGGUGGAACGUCCUGCCCUUGGUCCUAGUGAUUUUCAUCCAUUACCAAUGAUUGGUUCAAUAUCAGAACCAGAAAACGAAAAUUCUUGCAGUAAACAGAAGGGAAGAUUAAGAGGUAAGGCAACAUCCAAGGAGAAGAAGAAUGCAGCUUCAUGCAAUGUUCCAAGGAAGAUCAGAUUCAAGAAGUGUGAACAACAAUCUCAAGUUUGUUCUGGUACUAUAGAGAAGAAAAAGCAUCCCAAACCAUGUUCAAAGAGAAAGAAAUGCAUCAAACCAGUUGCAGACAACCAGAGUAUUGUGUUACUGCCUGAAAGUUUGGAAUCAGGGACAACUAAUGGUGAAUGUGUAGAGGCUGCUAUUGAUAAUAAUUCUACAUCAAACAAGAAGACAUCCAAGCAUUGUUCUAGGAGGAUCAAAUGCACUACAGAUUUGGGGGGAAACCAGAAUGCUAUGUUGUCUUCUGCAAAGUCAAUGUUGUCAGGAAUUACUAAUGAUGAACUUACACUUGAUCAUGUAUCUUGUCUGGAUUCAACAUUGUUACCUGUAACCAAUUGUGAAGUGGUUGAUUCAAUGAAUGAGCAUGUGCGGGCAGGGAAGGAGAGACCGACUAAACUGCAAUCAAAAAGGAAAAAGUGUAUGGAAUUGGCUGAGGAUAGCCACAGUUUCUCAUCACAUCCCGAAAGUGGGGAGUUCGGGAAAACUGAUGGUGAAGGUGUGGAAAGCAGCAUUUUGGAUAUGGGAAAAGGGGCUGUAAAGCAACAAAAAAGAAGGAAAAUAAGAAAUGAGCCAUUGGAGAAAUGCCAGGAUGUAUCUGUUCUGUUCCAACAAGAUACGUUGGAAGUCUCAAAACAUAGAAACAUUUCUUCUAAGCAGAUUUUAGGGGCAACCAAUGGAGAUGACGUUACUCUUGCUUGCUUUCUUCAUAAUAAACCAAAGAAGAGAAGGCUUGAAGUGGCCAAAAAUACCAGCCAGGCCUGCUCUUCAUCUAGUCCAAAAAAGGGUGUCGAGUCACUUUCCAAUGUCUCAGAUAAACUUAAGUAUGGAAAUCAAAAUUUAUCUACCACGCAAGAUAAGGAAUCUCAGGCAUGCUGUCUGGGUGGAAAUCCUGAUGAGUUGUUACCUUGCAAGCUGCAGUCUAGUCAUUUGGUGGAUAUGCCAACCAUAAUAGAUAGUGACAAUGGACCUGAUAGAAGAGAUCUUGUCCAAGGGCAGCAUGCUGCUCAUGACCCAGUGAGCUUCAGUCCAGAAGGUGAUUGUGAAGAGGAUGGUGAUAUUACUCUAGCUUGCCUUCUGCGAAAUAAAUUGAAAAAGAAGAAAGGAUCCAAAUUGAUUUCUAGAGUAAAUAGACAUAAUGAUGGAAAUCCAUCCAACAUGCAAGGUUAGGAAUCUCAGACAUGCCGUAAUGAUGAAUCUCCUGUACAUUUGUCACCUUGCUGCCUGCUGUUUGGUCAUUCUGAGGAUAUGCUUACCUUCAUGACUAAUGAUGAGUCUGGUCAGCUGGAUACAGUCAAAUCACUGACUGUUGCUCUACAUGAACCGGUUCGGAGAAUCUUUGAACAUCAAUCUGGAACGUCCUUACGAGUCUGGCUUGCUUUUCAUGAGGAUAUACUAAACCCUCAUGGCUAAGGCUAAUGAUGAGUCUUGCUUGCUUUUUGUGAAAUAAGUUGAACAGUCGGCUUCAGGCUAACAGAAGUGGUAGCCAAAAAGGAUUGAUCAACUUCAAGAUUAUAACUCCUCCGAGAAUGCCUUUUUGUCAUCUUGCAAGUAUGAUGUUAAAUCAUUCAAAUGAUAUACCAAUCAUCGUCAUAGCUGGUGAGAAUCCUAGUAGAUAGAUUUUGUGAAAGGCGACAUCAUAUCUCUUCUUGUAAGGUGAAUAACUAGGAAGCAUAUUCAUGAGGAUGUGAUAAGCCCCAUACACUGGUGUCUCCUCCCCCUGGGGUUUUGAGGUCAUAUAUAGUUGUAAAUUUAGUUUUGUAUAAGCGAGAGAGGAAAUUGGGAUUCCGGUGUUGGGACUAAAUCAGCAUAUCAUAUUGAGUCCUAAAUGCUUGUCCAGUUGAGUUAGUAUAGUAAGAGGUGCAUAUUCUUGUUAAGGGAGCAAUUUUGCCGUGUUACAUUCAUAGAGCAACAUUCACCAUUUAUUAUUGGUGUAUUUUUUGUAUCUGCCUUUAUUUUUGUCUCGGUUGCCUGGUUGAGAUAUUGAAAAUUUUGAAAGAAUUUCUUGUAUUUUGUGGUGCAAA